AUGAAGGUCCAGUUAUCACUUAAGAUGGUCUUACGCAUUAUAAGACUCUCUUCGUCCAUAAUGUUGAGAUGGCCGCUGCCUCCUGAUGCGAAGCGUACCGACAUCCUGAAACAUUGGAUUGCAACGGUUUUUCAACUGUUCAAUUCAGUAUUAUCUAUCCUUGGACUGAUACUGAAUGUGAUCCGUAACCAUGACGACCCUGCAACCUUUUCCUCAAGUCUAACCGAUCUGAAUGCAGCUGUAUCAAACGUAUUGUUCACAGUCGUCUGCGAAGUCGAGACAAAUCGCCUUCAUGUUGAGUACAAACAAAUUUUUGCUUAUCUCAUAAAUUUAUGUCGAAAGAAAAUAAGAGAUGUAGAAUGUCUAAUGGAAGAUCCUGAAAUCCGUUAUCGUCGCACUGUUAUUGGGCAUCACAUGUUGCAAAUCGCGUUUAGUUAUAAUUUCGCGUACACGCACAAUCAUGGGUUCGGGAUUUGUAAGGCUAGCUUGGGUUCACUCGGUAUCAGUAAGGUUACUUUGGCACUGAUAACCGAAAUAACGAUGUUUAUGAAAGAAGCUACCGACGAAGAAUCCGCUAUGGUUGACCUCUACAUGAGCAAAUGUUCACUGCUCCAUGCUUGGGUUAUUUCCUUGGCUAUUCUCGGUCCAUCAGCCUAUAUAAUCGCCCCCACUUUCUUAGUUCAGCCCUUUCCGGGUAAAGCCGCAUACCCGUUUUCAGUAGAGCCAACUUGGAUUUGGGCUUCCAUAUACGCUUCGCAUUCUAUUACUGUAAUAAACAUCGGAAUCACAUUAAUCAUGAACUUACUCUACGUAAAUAUGAUCUGGUUUACCAUUGCACGAUCUGAAAUGGUGUGCACAGACAUUGGAAAGGCGGCCAACGAAACUGAUGUCAGCAAAUGUGUUCGAAAGCAUCAAGAAUUGUUAAGUUUUGCAGAUAGAAUGUCGAUACCCGUGCGUCGUAUGGCUUGUCAGGUAGCAGCGAGCAACUUGGCGGCUGUGGUGUUUGGAGGACUGCUGUUCACUUACUGGAGGUCAUUUUCAUUAGUCGACUUCGUCAUGUUGGUUUUCUUCAUGUUCUUCGCCUUGGUUCAGCUGUUUUUGUACGCUUGGCCUGCGGACCACCUAAUUCAAUCGAGCCUACGAGUAUCAGAAACCGUUUUGCAUAGCCAGUGGAUGGGAAAAUCGCCGCAGACGCGCAAGUUGUUACUCUUCAUGAUGCAGAGGGCCACUCAGCCAUUAGUCAUCAAAGUGGACGGCCUACUUCCGGUUUUGAAUCUGGAAAUGUUUGGAAGUGCGUUGACGACCAGUUUCUCGUACAUCGCAACCCUGCUAACUAUUUUCGGCAACUGA